UAGCGUCGGCCCCUUGAAAUGAAAUGCUGCGCGUAAGCCAUGCAGAAGCCAGAAGGCCACGCAUUUCCCAAACCCAUUUGCAGCGUGGCCUAUGCCUCUUUCUUCCAUCUGGUCGCUUUCCCAUGCAAAGUUUUACACUCCCUCCUCUUAUAUAUAACCACACGUCUAUUCGGGGAGAGACACCUUCAUAGGAUUAGGACACCUCUUUCCCUCUCUCUCCAUCGCCGACCUCCUCUUCUUCUCUCCUCUCUCCACUUCAAGAGAUUAAUUUCAUUCUCUAUAUCGGCGAAAAGAAGAAGAUGAUGAAGACCCAAGUCGAGGAGAGGUUCUCUGACUUCUACGAGAACUGGUUCUGUCAACUUGAAGCCGAUCUGCAGAUCUUGCAGGCGGCUUCGACGGAGAGCGAGUGUGAAGCUUUGGUGGCCAAGCUGACGGCCCACCACAAGGCCUACUACACUGCCAAGUGGGCCGCCGCCCACGAGGACGUGCUGGCUUUCUUCAUGCCCGUCUGGCUGAGCCCUCUCGAGAAUGCCCACCUCUGGAUCACCGGCUGGAAGCCGUCCAUGGCGUUCCGGAUGGUGGCGGCACUGCGGCAGACCAAGCUGGCGGAUAUGACGGAGGCCCAGCGGAAGAAGGUGGAGGAGCUGAGGGUGAGGAUCAGGGUGGAAGAGGAGAAGGUGGAGAGGGAGAUGGAGAGGCAGCAGGUGGCCAUGGCCGACCGCCGGAUGGUGGAGCUGGCGCGGAUGUCGAGCAGGGUCUCCGGCGAUGAGACGGCGACUGCUCGGCUGGACGGGAUGGUGGAGGCGGCGGUGAAGAAUUUGCUGGCAGGGCUGGAGAAAGUGAUGAAAAUGGCGGACUGCGUGAGGCUGAGGACGCUGAAGGGUCUGUUGGAGGCGUUUAGCCCCAAGCAGAGCGUGGACUUGUUGGCGGCGACAUCGACGCUGCAAAUUCAGCUCCGAAGUUGGGGGAAGAACCAUGAGAGCGAGAGCGGUGAAGUGGUGCAGUUCGUUCCGCCGGCCGGCCCUUAAUCAUCUUGCAGUUCCGAAAACAGUUGUCGAGAGGUCUGGAUUUCCCGUAGAUAUGGUGUACCUAGCACUAGGGUUUAAGAAACUUGAAAAAAAAGGACAGAAUUUCGUGUAAUUUCACAAUUACUGCAAAUAUAAAAAAAAAAAAUGGUUGUGUUGGUUAGGCGCUACAUAGGUUGUGUGUUAGUUUGAAGGGAAAAGGAAUAAAAUUUAGAUGAAAAUCCACUCCCCUCCCCUCCUUAAGAAGUGAAUGAGGCUUGUAUCUCUACAUUAUGUAAGUGAAAGUCCUUAUCAUUAUGUGAAUAUAUAUAUAUAUAUAUGGGUAUUGUCUCGUCCCAAU